AUGGAAUCAAAGCGACUAUUAAGUAAACAAAAUUCGCAUGAAUCGAAUAAUGGAAAGUCAUUACAUUCGUCAAAAGAUUCAAUACCGCCUGAAGCUGAACAACCUUUAGAUACAAAUGUAACAGUAGAUCCUAAACCAGAGUAUAACACUAAUGUUAUUGAAGAAACAAGCUUAAAUUACCCAGAAGAAAACCUGACCGCAAAUAUUGUUGAAGAAACAAAUUAUGAUCAAUUAGAACAUAGUGCAAAUGUUGACGCAUCAAAUAAGGAUAAACAACAAGCACCAGAAGAGAAAGACGAAAUCUCUGCACAAAAUUACGACCAAGGUUAUCAAAAUUAUGAACAAAAUUAUCAAAACCAACCAGGGACAGAAUAUCAAGGAUAUGACCAACAGUAUCCAGGCCAACAAUAUGAAAAUUACGAACAAUACCCACAACAAUCUAACGAUCCCAAUGCACAAUACGACAAUCAAUUUGAUUAUGGUAACGAAGCUAAUUACCCACAGAAUUAUGAUCAGCAAUAUAACCAAGAAUAUAACCCACAGUAUGAACAAAACGUAGUUCAAGAAAAUAUUGAAAAGUCUCCACCGUCCAACGAAAAUGAUGGUCAAAGUGGACAAAGCUAG